AUGGCAGCUCGCUCAAGGUAAGCAGACGAACGAUAACGUUAGCUUUAGCUAGCUCAAUCAGUUGACACAGCAUAGCCAUAGCUAGCUAAGAGACUCUAGUCCAAAAGUUGAGUUUGGCUUGUUACUUUGAUAACUACGUUUGGAUAUCGCUAGAAGCGGUGUUGUAACAAACGGACUUUGGCAAAGUUAUUUUGCCGUUUAAACGUAAUAAAACUGUAUGGUAACGCAGCUAGCGUAGCCAUCCAAGCCGAAGAAGGUGGAAUCAGCUGGAAGUAGCCUGCUCACUCCCACAGCUGUGGUGUGAUUUAGGUAGCAAGCUGGUGCCGCUGCUAACCAGCUGAUCGACGAUGUCAGUGUAUUUUUAGAUAGCCGAUGAGGUUGUGCGCUAGCUACUAACAUUUAGUUAGCUAAUUUUAAAAACAAUUCCAUCGUGUUUAAAAUAAGUGUAGAUAGUUUGCUAGCUAACAACAAUAUUUUGGAUAAUAAAAUAACUGCCCAUUUAUGUAAUGUGUGGUCCUGCGAGUUUAACUAGCUAGUUAGCAAACGUUACACACGAAUUUAGCUGCUAGGCAUUUAAUUGGCAAGUCAGAAGUUUGAUAAUUCACUAACUCUUAGCCAACCAGGCAGUGUCAGAUGGAAAUAACGUGUUAGUGGGAUGCCUAACUAGCUCUUAUUUAGCAGUUCGCAGGCUGUUAUAACGAGCUUUUGCGUUUUAACCUGAUACUGAUAUGUAACGUUAACCGUAGUUUAACUUUGUUCAGAAGAACUAGCUACUAGUGUACUUUCAAUCAUUCCUUAUUAUUGUUGACUUGCUAACCAGCAGGAUUGAAUAUGACGAAUAGCUAACCACCGCGCACGAACAGCUGAUUGCCUUUUUAGAGGUCUCAAAUCUAAACUUUUUUCUAACUUGUUUGAUUUGCAAUACAUUUGCAUUUCCCCAAACUCAGGGAAAGAAAGGAAGGAAUGCGAGUUGACCUUGUGCCCAUUCAAUGUACCUUUCUAGCAAUCUUUGAAGCUACUCAACAACUUUGAAUAUCAGUCUUGAGAUGAAUAGCAAGUGAGUCUUAGUCACGUAGUGGUUCGACAACACUGACUAGAGAACAGGAGUGUCUCAUUCACAUAUGAAUGGGUCCUGUUUAUUGUUGAUAACCCAUCUAUAGCUGCUGAUAGUCCUUUGUCUAAAAAAAACUCCCCAUACUGUCUGUCUCUGCAUAAAGCCAUAAUAGUCUUAGACGUAGAUUGAUUGGCCUAAUAAGGCGAAUAAUGCAAGUUAAUUGUGCCCUGCUGUCACGCCCUUCUAUUGAGCACUGGCCCACACAUCCCAUGCAUCAGCAGCAUCGCAGACACACACCUGUGUUUUAUGUUGAUGAAAGUUAAUUCGGUCUCCAUUGAAUCCUACCCAUGUCUACUACUGGGAGAAACUAUUGCACCAGCGGAUGUCGAGGGAUAAAGGGUCAGCUCAUGAAGCUACACCUUAAGGUGUAACACAGGAGAAAUGGCCCAUUUUUAUAUAAAGAAUGUAGCUAUUUGGGCUUAGAUAUCAACUCCGUAGUCCCUUCGAAUCUAGACUAGAGAAAAAUAAAUGCUGUCGCACCUUGCUUACCAACCAAGGUGGAAUAAGGAUAUUAGGCUAAUUUUAAAAAGCCAUCUUGACUCAAACUUAACUUCCAUUGUGUUUACAAUCAGUGGCUGAAUAUCUUUUCACCUCCUUCAAUGUAUACUAGAGUCAGUGGAUUGUGAGUAAUGAUACAGGGUGAACCACAUGUUGACCUUUCCCCACUGCAGGGGAAGGAGUCUCUGUAUCAUUCCCCUCCCCCACUCAACACACAGCCUUCUCUUUAGUGGAGGCUAGUAUGCUACGUGUUGCUUCUACUUUGCUAACUACAGACAGCCCUGCGCCUCCUAUAAAACCUUAAAAGCCUGCCAUCAUCCCACUUCUGUGGUUCGAAGGAAUUUCUGUGCAGACGCCUGCCGAAGGUCUGCCUGUAGGCCUAAGCUAGGCCUACUAUAGGUCACAGUAUGCAGUUAUGCAUUUGAAUGAUUUCAUGGAUACAUUGUUGUGCUAUAGGCCUACAUUUUGGAUAAAGGCUAAUUCUUGCAUCCCCUUCUAAAAAGCCAGGCACUACACAUAAGCUUACACCUAUGGGCCGGAUGGAUUUAGAAGUCGGCCUCGCUUCACGAAUGAUCCUUCUAGGCCUUUAUCAGUCUGGUGUGUUCUUGUGCCUGGAAGCGGAGACAGGAGACAGGAAGCAUAGAUGGAAGAUGAGGGGGGUGAAGAUGAGGGGGGUGAAGAUGAGGGGGGUGAGGAGGGUGAUAAUCCGUUUUUAAGGGGACCUAGGGGUUAGUGUAUCUCACCCCACAGACCAUCACUGUGGCAGGCAGCUUUACUACAGUGGCAGUAAAUGAUUUACACCUGUAAAUAACAUCACAUGGGAAUCAAAAUGGCAUGCCCGUCUUGCGAUCUGGAGGGCAGACUUUUGCACGCCCCCCCCCCCCCCCCCCCCAAUGGUCAAAAUGUGGAAUCCGUACCCUUGCCGAUAUCAUGGACAGUAAUGGGUUUGAGAACAUUCCAAGAUUUGAAAGAUACAAAUAAAAUACAAUUGUAUUUGUCACAUGCUUCGUAAACAACAGGUGUCGACUAACAGUGAAAUGCUUACUGACGGGCCCUUACCCACAAUGCAGAGAGAGAGAGAGAGAGAGAGAAAAUGGAGAAAUAAUAGGAAAGUUAAACAUGAAGUAAUAAUAGAUACACACCGAGUAACAAUAACUUGGCUAUGUACCCAAGGUACCAGUCUACAAGGGGUACGAGUAGCCAGUCGAUGAGCAGGGGUACCAGGUCAUUGAGGUAGAUGUAUGUAUACUGAACCUUAACUUGAGACAUAUGUGGCAUUGUGUUGUGAGACAACGGCACGUUUUACUGGCCUUGUAUUGUCCCCGGCACAAGGCGCACCUGUGUAAUGAUCAUGCUGUUUAAUCAGCUUCUUCAUAUGCCACACCUGUCAGGUGGAUGGAUUAUCUUGGCAAAGGAGAAAUGCUCACAAACUGUGCACAUCAUUUGGGGGUGGCAUUUGUGGUCCUCUGUAGCUCAGCUGGUAGAGCACGGCGCUUGUAACGCCAAGGUAGUGGGUUCGAUCCCCGGGACCACCCAUACACAAAAAAAAAUGUAUGCACGCACGACUGUAAGUCGCUUUGGAUAAAAGCGUCUGCUAAAUGGCAUAUUAUUAUAUUAUUAUUAUUUGAGAGAAAUAAGCUUUUUGUGCAUAUGGAACAUUUCUGGGAUGUUUUAUUUCAGCUCAUGAAACAUGGGACCAACACUUUACAUGUUGUGUUUAUAUUUUUUGUUCAGUAAACAUACAGGUAUAACUAGGAAUAAAGUGACAGAUGGUAAACGGUAGCAUCAGUACACAGUGCAUUUGGAAAGUAUUCAGACCCCUUCCCUUUUUCCACAUUUUGUUAUGUUACAGCUGUAUUCUAAAAUGGAUCAAAUAAAUGUUUUUCCUCAUCUAUCUACACACAAUACCCCAUAAUGACAAAGCUAAAACAGGUUUUUAGAUUUUUUUGCAAAUAAAACAUUUAUGGAAAGGCACACACCUGUAUUAUAAGGUCCCACAGUUGACAGAGCAUAAAUCAAGCCAUGAGGUCGGAGGAAUUGUCCGUAGAGCUCAGAGACAGUAUUGUGUCGAGGCACAGAUCUGGGGAAAGGGUACCAAAACAUUUCUGCAGCAUUGAAGGUCCCCAAGAACACAGUGGCCUCCAUCAUUUGUAAAUGGAAGAAGUUUGGAACCACCAAGACUCUUCCUAGAGCUGGCCACCCAGCCAAACUGAGCAAUCGGGGGAGAAUGGCCUUGGUCAGGGAGGUGACCAAGAACCCGAUGGUCACUCUGACAGAGCUCCAGAGUUCCUCUGUGGAGAUGGGAGAACCUUCCAGAAGGACAACCAUCUCUGCAGCACUCCACCAAAUCAGGCCUUUACAGUAGAUUGGCCAGACGGAAGCCACUCCUCAGUAAAAAGGCACAUGACAGCCCGCUUGGAGUUUGCCAAAAGGCACCUAAAGACUCUGACCAUGAGAAACAAGAUUCUCUGGUCUGAUGAAACCAAGAUUGAACUCUUUGGCCUGAAUGCCAAGCGUCACGUCUGGAAGAAACCUGGCACCAUCCCUACGGUGAAGCAAGGUGUUGGCAGCAUCAUGCUGUGGGGAUGUUUUUCAGUGGUAGGGACUGGGAGAUUAGUCAGGAUUGAGGGAAAGAUGAACGGAGCAAAGUACAGAGAGAUCCUUGAUGAAAACCUGCCCCAGAGCUCUCAGGACCUCAAACUGGGGUGAAGGUUCACCUUCCAACAGGACAAUGACCCUAAGCACACAGCCAAGACAACGCAGGAGUGGCUUCGAGACAAGUUUCUGAAUGUCCUUGAGUGGCCCAGCCAGAGCCGGGACUUUAACCUGAUCGAACAUCUCUGGAGAGAUCUGGAAAUAGCUGUGCAGCGAUGCUCCCCAUCCAACAUGACAGAGCUUGAGAGGAUCUGCAAAGAAGAAUGGGAGAAACUCCCCAAAUACAGGUGUUCCAAGCUUGUAGCGUCAUACCCAAGAAGACUCGAGGCUGUAAUUGCUGCUAAAGGUGCUUCAACAAAAUACUGAGUAAAGGGUCUGAAUACUUACACUACCAGUCAAAAGUUUGGAUACACCUACUCAUUCAAGGGUUUUUCUUUAUUUUUACUAUUUUCUACAUUGUAGAAUAAUAGUGAAGACAUCAAAACUAUGAAACAACACAUGGAAUCAUGUAUUAACCAAAAGUGUUAAACAAAUCAAAAUAUAUUUUAUUUUUGAGAUUCUUCAAAUAGCCACCCUUUGCCUUGAUGACAGCUUUGCACACUCUUGGCAUUAUCUCAACCAGCUUCAUGAGGUAGUCACCUGGAAUGCAUUUCAAUUAACAGUAUACCCCCCUGCCUUGUUAAAAGUUUUUUUGUGGAAUUUAUUUCCUCCUUAAUGCGUUUGAUUCAAUCAGUUGUGUUGUGACAAGGUAGGGGGGUAUACAGAAGAUGGCUCAAAUAAGCAAAGAGAAAACAACAGUCCAUCAUUACUUUUUAGACAUGAAGGUCAGUCAAUAUGGAACAUUUCAAUAACUUUUAAAGUUUCUUCAAGUGCAGUCGCAAAAACCAUCAAACGCUAUGAUGAAAUUGGCUGUCAUGAGGACUGCCACAGGAAUGGAAUACCCAGAGUUACCUCUGCUGCAGAGGAUAAGUUCAUUAGAGUUACCAGCCUCAGAAAUUGCAUUCCAAAUAAAUGCUUUGCAGAGUUCAAGUCACAGACACAUCUCAACAUCAACUGUUAAGAGGGGACUGUGUGAACCAGGCCUUCAUGGUCGAAUUGCUGCAAAGAAACCACUACUAAAGGACACCAAUAAGAAGAAGAGACCUGCUUGGGCCAAGAACAACGAGCAAUGGACAUUAGACCAUUGGAAAUAUGUCCUUUGGUCUGGAGUCCAAAUUUGAGAUGUUUGGUUCCAACCGCUGUGUCUUUCUGAGACGCGGUGUGGGUGAACGGAUGAUCUCCGCAUGUCUAGUUCCCACCGUAAAGCAUGGAGGAGGUGUUAUGGUGUGAGGGUGCUUUGCUGGUGACACUGUCUGUGAUUUAUUUAGAAUUCAAGGCACACUGAACCAGCAUGGCUACCUCAGCAUUCUGUAGCGAUACGCCAUCCUGUCUGGUUUGGGCUUAGAGGGACUAUCGUUUGUUUUUCAACAAGACAAUGACCCAACACACCUCCAGGCUGUGUAAGGGCUAUUUGACCAAGAAGGAAAGUGAUGGAGUGCCUCCACAAUCCCCCGACCUCAACCCAAUUGAGAUGGUUUGGGAUGAGUCGGACGGCAGAGUGAAGGAAAAGCAGCCAACAAGUGCACAGCAUUUGUGGGAACUCCUUCAAGACUGUUGGAAAAGCAUUCCAGGUGAAGCUGGUUGAGAGAAUGCCAAGAGUGUGCAAAGCUGUCAUCAAUGCAAAGGGUGGCUAUUUGAAGAUUCUCAAAUAUAAACUAUAUUGUCAAGAAGGUAUUGAGCCUAUAGCUUACUGCACAAACCUCAUUGCUACAGUAUUGUUUUUAAUUGGUUAAUGUUGCAUAGGCUUACGUUUUUUUUUUUUUUUUUUUCGUAAUUUUUAAAAUAAUUGUGGAAGAUCUCGGCUUGCGUUUUGACUCCGUGAUCUUGACUCAAAGGUUGGAGACCACUGUUCUAGAGUUUUCCCUGUUAACACGAUCAACCUUUCUCUUUUUACUGUGGCAAUUGUGAUCGAAUCAAUGCAAUAUUAUCCACUUUCGAUGCAACAUACAGAAACAAAAUUAAUUAUGCAAGAGAUUUUGUUGUAGGCAGAACACAUCGGAGUAGGAUUCUAUUGCAUUGACAUUCUACUCCCUCCGUACUCUACACAGACCGGUGUGGCGUAAACAAUCAGAGCUGCGGUAGGCCUAUAUGCAAAUAGACCAUUGCCAUAUAUGGAUCUCUGCUAUUUACUUUGAACUGGACCGUGUUUACAACAUGAGCGGUCGUGAGUAGAUGAGCUUGUUUUGAGAUCGAAGCGAGAGCUGCAUGUAGCCACUUGUGCACAUUUUGUUCAUAUCCUUUGCUAGUUAGUGAGUUAUUAGCUCAGUUAUAGUUAGCAAUAGUGGAGUGAUUACUUCCUACAGGAGCACAAAACGUGUACAUUUCUAGACAUCUUUGAAAAGCGAAUCAGGUAAAGAGCUUUAUAAUUUGUCUUAAAUGGGCAGUGUUGUAUUUUGAGACAGGCUUGAAUAAGCUAAGUAGCCAAUAGGCAGAGGGUAGCAUAAUUUGUCUGAUUCUCUGUAAUAAUGGUAUGGGAAUAAUAAUGCAUUUUAUUUUGUAAAGUAAGUUUCUGGCAUCAAUCAUCACAACAUUUUCAGUCACCUUGUCUGAAGGACGUGGAUACAAAGGUUAAUGUCAAGCCCUGCAUGUUAUUUUUGUUUUUCAUGGAAUGGCCUACAUUGAACACCACACAUUGGCUGCUACUUUAGGCUGAAUGAUAGAACAGCUUUUUCCAUGUUAAAAUGUUAUGGGAUGCAUUUUCUCCAUUGUUUUUGAUGGUAGGCCACUCUGGUAGGCCUACAUUAUGAUCAAAUAGCCGCAGUAGCCUACAUGGCCACCGUUAAACGGUAACUUAAAGUGUGUACAGCCUCAGUGUUCUCGCGCUGGAAGUCGCACAUCAUUUUCACAACAUUCAAGUUUGCGCUCAGCAGACCUGAAAUUUGCUCAGUGGCGGAAAUAAAUUAGAGGGAACAUUGGUUGUCGGUGAUCAGGCCUACCACCGUUGUGUCGACAGCAAACUUAAUGAUGGUGUUGGAGUCGUGCACGGGCAUGCAGUCGUGGGUGAACAGGCAGUACAGAGGGGACUAAGCACGCACCACUGAGGGGCCCCUUGUUGCGCGUCAGCGUGGCGGAUGUGUUGUUACCUACCCUCACCACCUGGGGGCGUCCUGUCAGGAAGUACAGGAUCCAGUACAUGCACAUUACCCGACAAAUCCUUAUUUCUAUAUUUACAACUUAGGUGAGCUAUGCUGGCCUAUGGAGUCCCUUUGGGAAACCCAACUACCGAACCAUCCAAUGAUGAGAUUUCAAAACAAAUCUGGGCUCUCGAAAGGACUGAUCUCUAAAAUCUAUAAACUACUUUUGGAAAGCUCUUAUUCUGAACUAGCCAUUAAAAAAGUAUGGUCCACAGAUCUAAUUUAAAUCGGAACAACCCUUUUAACUGAAACAGAAUAUGGAACAAUAUGACCUUGGCAUCCCGUAAUCCGAAUUUAUACAUUUUAAGUUUGUGCAGACUGUAUUUAAUACCAAGGAAACGUUGUAUGAUAAAAUUGGACCCCAACUGUUCACUGUCCUCUAAAUCAGGUAGGCACAUUCCUCCAUAAGAUGUGGGAGUUAAAUGCUUCUGCGGCAAAGUUACAACAUUCAUUGCAAAGUGCAUGAAUAUAAAUAUUCAAUGCUUUGCAUCUAUUAUGUUACUUAACGAUGAUAGCUCCUUGAAUCUUUCAAUCAAUCAGAUACUAUUACUGCUGGCAGGCAGCACUGCUGCAAAAAAAGAUGUUGGCUCUUAGAUCACCUCACUCUCUCCCAUUUCGCCAUUGGAUACAGUUACUAUUAGAAGACUUUGGAUGGAGACAUGUUGGCUGGGUGGGGUUGGGGGAAUGAGAAACUUCUGUUUCGUUUUCCUGUUUAUACAGAAUUUAUUAUCACUUAAACGCUGUAUGUAUUUUAUUUUUAAUUUUUUUGAGUGGCAGCCUACGGAUACACAUUUUUAUAAACAUAUCAUUAGAUUUUUUAAAAAAUUUUAGUCAUUUAGCAGACGCUGGAGCGAAUACUCUUUGAAGAGGUUUUUGGAAGAUGGGCAGGGACUCAGCUGUCCUAGCUUCAGGGGGAAGCUGGUUCUACCAUUGGGGUGCCAGGACAGAGAAGCGCUUUGCCUGGGCUGAGCGCGGGAGCUCCCGUAGGGGUGGGAGGGCCAAGAGACCAGAGGUGGCAGAACGGAGUACUCGGGUUGGGGUGUAACGUUUGAUCAUAUCCUGAAGGUAGGGAGGGGACAGUUCCUCUUGCUGCUCCAUAGGCAAGUACCAUGGUCUUGUAGUGGAUGAGAGCUUCGACUGGAAGCCAGUGGAGUGUGCGGAGGAACGGGGUGACAUGGGAGAACUUGGGAAGGUUGAACACUAGACGGGUUGCAGCGUUCUGGAUAAGUUGCAAGGGGUUGAUGGCACAAGCGGGGAGCCCAGCCAACAUCAGGUUGCAGUAGUCCAGAUGGGAGAUGACAGUGCCUGGAUUACGACCUGCGCCGCUUCCUGUGUGACAUCCAAGCUGACAUAUCUGCCAGGCACGCAGAGAUGCGUGUUGCCACCUGGGUGUCAGAAGGGGGGGGUGGGGGGAGGAGGAAAGUAGAGUGCCAUCCGCAUAGCAAUGAUGGGAGAGAUCAUGUGAGGAAAUGACGAAGUCGAGUAACUUAGUGUAUAAAGAGGAGAGGGCCUAGAACCGAGCCCUGAGGGACACCAAUAGUGCGAGUACGUGGAUCCUCUCCACGUCACCUCGUAGGAGAGGCAUGCCAGGUAGGAUGCAGUCCAAGAGUGUGCAGAACCUGAGACGCCCAUCCAUGAGAAGAGGAUCUGAUGGUUCAAGGUGUCGAAGGCAGUGGAUGGAUCUAGGAGGAUGAGGGGAGAGCGAGUCAGCUUUGGCAGUCCGCAGAGCCUCUGUGACACAGAGAAGAGCAGUCUCCGUUGAUUGACCCGUCUUGAAGCUUGACCCGUUAGGGUCAAGAAGAUCGUUCUGAGAGAGAUGUCGAGAGAGCUGUUCAGAGACUGCACGCUCAACUGUUUUGGAAAGAAAAGAAAGAAGGGAUACCGGUCUGUAGUUUUUGACGUCAGAGGAGAUGAGUGUUGGUUUCUUGAGGAGGGGAGCGACUCUGGCCAUUUUGAAGUCAGAGGGGACGCAGCCAGUAGUCAGGGAUGAGUUGAUGAGGGAAGUAAGAAAUGGGAGAAGGUCUCCAGGGAGGAGGGUUUGGGUUCAGCGGGCAGGUUGUCGGGUGGCCGGACCUCACUGGUCAUAGGAUUUCAUCUGGACAGAGAGGGGAGAAAGGUAGUAGGGUAGUUCUGUGUGAGUGGGACAAGUGGACUCAAUAGGCUGAGUGAAUGAGGAGCGGAUGUCGUCAACCUUCUUUUCAAAGUGGUUGACAGUCUUCCGUGGAGGGGGUGGAGGAUUGAGGGAGGAGGAGGUGGAAAAUAGUUUCCUAGGGUUAGAGACAGAAGCUUGAAAUGUGAAGUGAUAAAAAGUGGCUUUAGUAGCGGAUACAGAGGAAGAGAAGGUGGAAAGGAUGAUAGGUCCUCGAAGUUGAGUCUUCCUCCAUUUUUGUUCAGCGGCCCGUAGUCCUGUUGUGUACGUUUGUAAUGAGUCACUAAGCCAUGGCUGGGAGGAAAAGGGACAGUGCGAGUCAUAGGAUGAGGAGAGUAGGGUCGAAGAGGCAGAAUCAGGAGACAGGAAGGGAGAAGUAUUUAGCAGAGGGGAGAGAUGAAAGGAUAGAGUCGUGGGAGAGAGAGGGCGACGAUUGCGAAGGGGCAUGCCCAUCAACAUGACCUGGCGCCGACGAAGAUGGCGGCCUCGCGACUAGCUCUUUGGAAACUUUGCAGUAUUUAGUUUUUUUAUGUAUUAUUUUUUACAUUAUUAGCUCAAAAGUGUUUGGAUAUCAGAGUGGCGGUAACUCGCCACCAUUACGACCAGGAAUAAGACUUUCCCGAAGCAGAUCCUUUGUUUGCUCUCCCCAGGGCAACUGAACUGAUUCCAGCGGCUGACCCAAAACAUCGCCCGCGGAGGAGAGGCACUCGGAGCGGCCCGCUUCCAAGUAUACUACUCGCUAAUGUUCAGUCUUUGGUUAACAAGAUCGACAAACUCCGGGCAAGGAUUUCUUUCCAGAGAGACAUCAAGGCCUGUAACAUACAUUGUUUCACGGAAACAUGGCUCUCUUGGGAUAUUCUGUCGAAAUCGGGCCAGCCAGAGGGGUUCUCAGUUCAUCGCGCAGACAGGAAUAAAUAUCUCUCCGGGAAGCAGAAGGGCGGAGGUGUGUGUUUCAUGAUUAACGACUCAUGGUGUAAUUGUAGUAACGUACAGGAACUUGAGUCCUUUUGUUCACCCGACCUAGAAUAUCUCACAAUCAAAUUUUAUUUGGUUACAGUCACGGCCGUGUAUAUCCCCCCUCAAGCCGAUACCAUGACGGACCUCAAAGAACUUCACUGGACUUUAUGCAAACUGGAAACCACAUAUCCUGAGGCUGCAUUUAUUGUAGGCAGGGAUUUGAACAAAGCAAAUUUGAGGACUAGGCUGCCGAAGUUCUAUCAACAUAUCGACUGUUGUACUCGCGCUGCCAAAAUCCUCGACCAUUGCUAUUCGAACUUCCGGGAAGGUUAUAAGGCCCUCCCCCGCCCUCCUUUUGGCAAAUCUGACCACGACUCCAUUUUUGCUCCUCCCUUCCUAUAGGCAGAAACUCAAACAGGAAAUACCCGUGCUAAGGACUAUUCAACGCUGGUCUGACCAAUCGGAAUCCACUCUUCAAGAUUGUUUUGAUCACGCGGACUGGGAUAUGUUCCGAGUAGCUUGCGAAAAUAAUUUAGACCAAUACACUGAAACGGUGACUGAGUUUAUUAGGAAGUGUAUAGGUGAUGUUGUGCCCACUGUGACAAUUAAAACCUACCCUAACCAGAAACCGUGGAUAGAUGGCAGCAUUUGCGCCAAUCUGAAAGCGCGAACCACCGCAUUCAACCAUGGCAAGGUGACUGGGAAUAUGGCAGAAUACAAACAGUGUAGCUACUCACUCCGCAAGGCAAUUAAACUGGCAAAACAUCAGUAUAGAGACAGUGGAGUCGCAAUUCAACUGCUCAGACACAAGACAUAUGUGGCAGGGUUUACAGACAAUCACGGACUACAAAAGGAAAACCAGCCACGUUGCCGACACCAACGUCUCGCUUCCAGACAAGCUAAACACAUUCUUCACCCGCUUUGAGGAUAACACAGUGCCACUGACGAGGCCCACUACUAAGCCUCCGUGGCCGACGUGAUUAAGACAUUUAAGCACGUUAACCCCCGCAAGGCUGCCGGCCCAGAUGGCAUCCCUAGCCGCGUCCUCAGAGCAUGCGCAGACCAGCUGGCUGGUGUGUUUAUGGACAUAUUCAAUCUCUCCCUUUCCCAGUCUGCUGUUCCCACAUGCUUCAAGAUGGCCACCAUUGUUCCUGUACCCAAGAGAGCGAAGGUAACUGAACUAAAUGACUAUCGCCCUGUAGCACUCACCUCUGUCAUCAUGAAGUGCUUUGAGAGACUAGUCAAGGAUCAUAUCACCUCUACCUUACCUGUCACCCUAGACCCUCUUCAAUUUGCUUACCGCCCCAAUAGAUCCACAGACGAUGCAAUCGCCAUCACACUGCACACUGCCCUAUCCCAUCUGGACAAGAGGAAUACCUAUGCAAGAAUGCUGUUCAUUGACUAUAGCUCAGCAUUCAACACCAUAGUACCCUCCAAGCUCAUCAUCAAGCUCGAGGCCCUGGGUCUGAACCCCGCCCUGUACAACUGGGUCCUGGACUUCCUGACGGGCCGCCCCCAGGUGGUGAAGGUAGGAAACAACAUCUCCACUUCGCUGAUCCUCAACACUGGGGCCCCACAAGGGCGCGUGCUCAGCCCCCUCCUGUACUCCCUGUUCACCCAUGACUGCGUGGCCAAGCACGCCUCCAACUCAAUCAUCAAGUUUGCAGACGACACAACAGUAGUAGGCUUGAUUACCAACAAUGACGAGACCGCCUACAGGGAGGAGGUGAGGGCUCUGGGAGUGUGGUGCCAGAAAAUAACCUCUCACUCAACGUCAACAAAACAAAGGAGAUGAUCGUGGACUUCAGGAAACAGCAGAGGGUGCACCCCCCUAUCCACAUCGACGGGACCGCAGUAGAGAAGGUGGAAAGCUUCAAGUUCCUUGGCGUACACAUCACUGACAAUCUGAAAUGGUCCACCCACGCAGACAGUGUGGUGAAGAAGGCCCAACAGCGCCUCUUCAACCUCAGGAGGCUGAAGAAAUUCGGCUUGGCACCUAAAACCCUCACAAACUUUUACAGAUGCACAAUUGAGAGCAUCCUGUCGGACUGUAUCACCACCUGGUACGACAACUGCACUGCCCGCAACCGCAGGGCUCUCCAGAGGGUGGUGCGGUCUGCCGAACGCAUUAUCCGGGCAAACUACCCUGCCCUCCAAGACACAUACAGUGGGGAGAACAAGUAUUUGAUACACUGCCGAUUUUGCAGGUUUUCCUACUUACAAAGCAUGUAGAGGUCUGUAAUUUUUAUCAUAGGUACACUUCAACUGUGAGAGACGGAAUCUAAAACAAAAAUCCAGAAAAUCACAUUAUGAUUUUUAAGUAAUUAAUUUGCAUUUUAUUGCAUGACAUAAGUAUUUGAUACAUCAGAAAAGCAGAACUUAAUAUUUGGUACAGAAACCUUUGUUUGCAAUUACAGAGAUCAUACGUUUCCUGUAGGUCUUGACCAGGUUUGCACACACUGCAGCAGGGAUUUUGGCCCACUCCUCCAUACAGACCUUCUCCAGAUCCUUUAGGUUUCGGGGCUGUCGCUGGGUAAUACGGACUUUCAGCUCCCUCCCAAAGAUUUUCUAUUGGGUUCAGGUCUGGAGACUGGCUAGGCCACUCCAGGACCUUGAGAUGCUUCUUACGGAGCCACUCCUUAGUUGCCCUGGCUGUGUGUUUCGUGUCGUUGUCAUGCUGGCGACCCAGCCACAACCCAUCUUCAAUGCUCUUACUGAGGGAAGGAGGUUGUUGGCCAAGAUCUCGCGAUACAUGGCCCCAUCCAUCCUCCCCUCAAUACGGUACAGUCGUCCUGUCCCCUUUGCAGAAAAGCAUCCCCAAAGAAUGAUGUUUCCACCUCCAUGCUUCACGGUUGGGAUGGUGUUCUUGGGGUUGUACUCAUCCUUCUUCUUCCUCCAAACACGGCGAGUGGAGUUUAGACCAAAAAGCUCUAUUUUUGUCUCAUUAGACCAUAUGACCUUCUCCCAUUCCUCCUCUGGAUCAUCCAGAUGGUCAUUGGCAAACUUCAGACGGGCCUGGACAUGCGCUGGCUUGAGCAGGGGGACCUUGCGUGCGCUGCAGGAUUUUAAUCCAUGACGGCGUAGUGUGUUACUAAUGGUUUUCUUUGAGACUGUGGUCCCAGCUCUCUUCAGGUCAUUAACCAGGUCCUGCCAUGUAGUUCUGGGCUGAUCCCUCACCUUCCUCAUGAUCAUUGAUGCCCCACGAGGUGAGAUCUUGCAUGGAGCCCCAGACCAAGAGUGAUUGACCGUCAUCUUGAACUUCUUCCAUUUUCUAAUAAUUGCGCCAACAGUUGUUGCCUUCUCACCAAGCUGCUUGCCUAUUGUCCUGUAGCCCAUCCCAGCCUUGUGCAGGUCUACAAUUUUAUCCCUGAUGUCCUUACACAGCUCUCUGGUCUUGGCCAUUGUGGAGAGGUUGGAGUCUGUUUGAGUGUGUGGACAGGUGUCUUUUAUACAGGUAACGAGUUCAAACAGGUGCAGUUAAUACAGGCAAUGAGUGGAGAACAGGAGGGCUUCUUAAAGAAAAACUAACAGGUCUGUGAGAGCUGGAAUUCUUACUGGUUAGUAGGUGAUCAAAUACUUAUGUCAUGCAAUAAAAUGCAAAUUAAUUACUUAAAAAUCAUACAAUGUGAUUUUCUGGAUUUUUGUUUUAGAUUCCGUCUCUCACAGUUGAAGUGUACCUAUGAUAAAAAUUACAGACCUCUACAUGCUUUGUAAGUAGGAAAACCUGCAAAAUCGGCAGUGUAUCAAAUACUUGUUCUCCCCACUGUACAGCACCCAAUGUCACAGGAAGGCCAAAAAGAUAAUCAAGGACAUCAACCACCCGAGCCACUGCCUGUUCACCUUGCUAUCAUCCAGAAGGCGAGGUCAGUACAGGGGCAUCAAAGCUGGGACCGAGAGAAUGAAAAACAGCUUCUAUCUCAAGGCCAUCAGACUAUUAAAUUACCAUCACUGGCACAUUAGAGGCUGCUGCUGCCUAUUGAUAUCACUGGCCACUUUAAGAAAUGGAACACUAGUGACUUUAAUAAUGUUUACAUAUCUUGCACUACUCAUCUCAUAUGUAUAUACCGCAUUCUAUAAUAUUCUACUGUACUGUAUUGUGGUCCUCUGUAGCUCAGCUGGUAGAGCACGGCGCUUGUAACGCCAAGGUAGUUGGUUCGAUCCCCGGGACCACCCAUACACAAAAAUGUAUGCACGCAUGACUGUAAGUCGCUUUGGAUAAAAGCGUCUGCUAAAUGGCUUAUUAUUAUUAUUAUCUUAGUCCAUGCCGCUCUGUCAUUGCUUGUCCAUAUGUAUAUUUUCGUAAAUUCCAUUCCUUACUAGUUUUGUGUGUAUUAGGUAUAUGUUGUGAAAUUGUUAGAUAUUACUUGUUAGAUAUUACUGCACUGUCGGAGCUAGAAGCACAAGCAUUUCGCUACACCCGCAAUAACAUCUGCUCAACACGUGCAUGUGACAAAUACAAUUUGAUUUGAUCUGGGUAGAGAAGAGGGAGUGAAUGGAUGAUGUGUCCUCUGGAAGUUUUUAGUUUUCCUCAAUUUUCGCUCAGCUGCCCGCAGCCCUGUUCUGUGAGCUCGCGAUGAGUCACUCCGCCACGGAGCAGGAGGGGAGGCCCGAGCAGGCCUGGGGAAAAGGGGACAGUGCGAGUCAUAGGAUGAGGAGAGUAGGGUCGAAGAGGCAGAAUCAGGAGACGGGAAGGGAGAAGGAUUUAGCAGAAGGGAGAGAUGAUAGGAUAGAGGAGACCAUCUGGACUGAGUGGGUAGGUUGGAGCAGAGUGAGAGAAAAGGAAACAAAGUAGUGAUCGGAGACCUGGAGGGAGGUUGCAGUGAGAUUAGCAGGGGAGCAGUCUCUUGUAAAGAUGAGGUCAAGCGUAUUUAUUGCCUGCCUUUAUGGGUGGGAGGGGAAAGAAAGAGUGUGAGAGAAAUUAAUCGAAGGCUGAUGUUGGAAGUCCCCCAGUAAGAAGCGCAGAGACAUCGUCAGGAAAUUAGCUUAUCAAGGUGUCAAGCUCAUUGAGGAACUCUCUAGAGGCACCUGGUUGGUGAUGGAUGACUCUAGGGCACUAUAAAAGCAUAUUUUUUUUUUUUUUGGGCCUGAUUCUGUUUUUUUGUUUUUUUCAGGUUUCCAUUUCCCCCAGUUUUUCCAAGUUUUCGCUCGCAAAAUCACACUUUAUUAAAUAGAACAUCCACUUUUGUUGUUUUUCUAAGUCCACAACCAUGCUUAAACCACACCAGGCGACCACUUUUGAGGUCUGGGAAAAAUCUAAGAAAUAACAGUUUUGGAUGUAGUUACCCUUUUAAUUCAAGAGACCGUUGUUUGAUUAGCGAUGUUUCUGUAGCGCUCAUGGGAUUGCAGAGUUGCAAAACAAAUGGCCACUGGAUUGAUGCAAAUAAUGCCUUGCAAAAGUAUUCAUCCCCCGUUGGUGUUUUUCCUAUUUUGUUACAUUACAACCUGUAAUUUAAAUUGAUUUUUAUUUGGAUUUCAUGUAAUGGACAUACACAAAAUAGUCCAAAUUGGUGAAGUGAAAUGGAAAAAAAUAACUUGUUUAUAUGAAUUCAAAAUAAUAAAUAACGGAAAAGUGGUGCGUGCAUAUGUAUUCACCCCUUUUGCUAUGAAGCCCCUAAAUAAGAUCUGGUGCAACCAAUUACCUUCAGAAUUCACAUAAUUAGUUAGAUUGCACACAGGUGGACUUUAUUUAAGUGUCACAUGAUCUCUGUAUAUAUAUAUAUAUAUAUAUACACCUGUUCUGAAAGGCCCCAGAGUCUGCAACACCACUAAGCAAGGGGCACCACCAAGCAAGCGGCACCAUGAAGACCAAGGAGCUCUCCAAACAGGUCAGGGACAAAGUUGUGGAGAAGUACAGAUCAGGGUUGGGUUAAAGAAAAUAUCAGAAACUUUGAACAUCCCACAAAGCACCAUUUUAAAAUCCAUUAUUAAAACAUUGAAAGAAUAAGGCACCACAACAAACCUACCAAGAGAGGGCCGCCCACCAAAACUUUUUGUCUUAUUUCACUUUUUUCUUCUCUUUUGCAUCUUUUAAAGUGUAAAUCAAAUGAUACAACCCCCCCCCCCCCCCCAAAAAAAAAAAAUCCAUUUUAAUUCCAGGUUGUAAGGCAACAAAAUAGGAAAAAUGUCAAGGGGGGUGAAUACUUUCGCAAGCCACUGUAAUCAUGAUCGCUUUCUGCCAGUUAGGCGUCAGCGGCGUGUAUUCAUGGAAGCCAGGCUAACAUCCGUGCAUAAUUAAAUUUACCCUGAAGUCUGAGUUAAGCGCACAUUUCUCAAGUCUGUAUACCGGUCUAAGUGAACACUCUCUAAACCUGUCUGUCUGUCUGUCUGAUUUCCCCACAGCUACAAUGAAGAGAGGAACCUCCUUCGCAUCCGAGAGUGGGAGCGGAGGAACCAGGGAGCCCGCCAGGAGAAGGAGUUCUAUCAGGAGACUGUCCCCCUGUUCGGGGAACCCUACAAGGUCAGACUACUUCCUGUUCUUCCUUAGUAUGUCCUCCUGCAGUCCUAAUAACAACUACAAACAUUGUUAGUAGUGUGACGAAUUCCCAAAAUACAGCUUAUUUUAUGUUAUGCUAUUAAUUAUUCCAUUCUAUUUGAAAUAAGAGAAUUGGAGGCCAGAGGAAGAGUGUUUUGCUUGAUGAGUUCAUGACCAAUGCUUUUGCGUGUUGAUAAUGUAACCGUUAUCUUUGUUUUGUAACACAGCCCACGUGUCAGUGUGUUGCUCUCUGCUCUUAAGAGAGGAGCUGUUGUGAAACUCUUCAGAACGUCUUGUUGAUGUAUUUAAGAGUUGCUCCGGAGGUGAUGACCUGCGUUCAUACUGUGACCCCUCUGUGGCCUAGGUCUAGUUAACACUGAAGUCAAAUCAAAUUGUAUUUGUCAUAUGCUUGGUAAACAACCGGUGUAGACUAAUAGUGAAAUGCUGACUUGCGGGACCUUACCCACAAUGCAGAGAGAAAACACAAUGAGUAACUGGGUACCAGUACCGAGUCUGUGCAAGGGUAUGAGGUAAUUGACGUAGAUAUGUACGUAUAGGAAGGGCAUAGAUGAUAAAGAGUUAGUGGGAAAAAAAGGUCAAUGCAGAUAGUCCAAGUAGCUAUUUGGUUAACUGUUUAGCAGUAUUAUGGCUUGGGGAUAGAAGCUGUUCAGGGUCCUGUUGGUGCCAGACUUGAUGCAUCUGUACUGCUUGCCGUGUGGUAGCAGAGAGAACAGUCGUUGACUUGGGUGGCUGGAGUCUUUGACAAUUUUUAGUGCCUUUCUCUGACACCACUUGGUAUACAGGCCCUGAAUGGCAGGGAGCUCGGCCCCAGUGAUGUACUGGGCUGUACUCACUUACCCUCUGUAGCGCCUUGCGGUCGGAUGCCGAGCAGUUGCCGUACCAGGCGGUGAUGCAGCCAGUCAGGAUGCUCUCGACGGUGCAGCUGUAGUAUAGGCUAGCUCCAGGCUCCAGGGCGUUUUUCGCCGUUCUCCUCUUAUAUAACUGGCUCAGCCUAGUGCAGGGAUGGGCAACUCCAGGCCUCUGGGGCCUGAUUGGCAUCACACCUUUGCCCCAGCUGACACACCCGACUCCAAUCAUUAUGAUCUUCAGUUUCAUCAGCUGUGUUGACUAGGGAUGGGGACAAAGUGUGACACUACUCUGGUCCCCGAGGCCUGGAGUUGACCAUCCCUGAUGUAGUGCCUUGCCUUGUGAGUCAUUCUUAGUGAGAUCUGAAGUGAAUAGGGCUGGCUGUGUGCACUUACACUAUACAUGCAUUCGGAAAGUAUUCAGACCCCUUUACUUUUUCCACAUUUUGUUACGUUACAGCCUUAUUCUAAAAUGAAUGCUGAAUUUUUUUUUUUUAAUCAAUCUAAACAAUACCCCAUAAUGACAAAUUGCAAAUGUAUUAAAAACAGAACUAUCACAUUUACAUAAGUAUGUUGAAGCACCUUUUUUCCUCAUUAAUCUACACAACAUACCUCAUAAUGACAAAGCAAAAACAGGUUUUUAGAAAUGUUUGCAAAUGUAUUAAAAAUUUAAAACAGAUAUUGAUUCCACCUGUUGGAAAUUGAAAUUGAUUGGACAUGAUUUGGAAAUGCACACACCUGUCUAUAUAAGGUCCCACAGUUGACAGUGCAUGUCAGAGCAAAAACCAAGCCAUGAGGUCGAAGGAAUUGACCAUAGAGCUCCGAGAAAGGAUUUGGUUGAGGCACAGAUCUGGGGAAGGACAACCAUCUCUGCAGCACUCCACCAAUCAUGCCCUUAUGGUAGAGUGGCCAGACGGAAGCCACUCCUCAGUAAAAUACACAUGACAGCCCACUUGGAGUUUGCCAAUUGGCACCUAAAGGACUCUCAGACCAUGAGAAACAAGAUUAUCUGGUCUGAACCAAGAUUGAAGUCUUUGACCUUAAUGCCAAGCGUCACGUCUGGAGGAAACCUGGCACCAUCCCUACGGUGAAGCAUGGUUGUAGCGGCAUCAUGCUGUGGGGAUGUUUUUCAGCGGCAGGGACUGGGAGACUAGUCAGGAUCGAGGGAAAGAUGAACGGAGCAAAGUACAAAGAUCCUUGAUGAAAACCUGUUCAGGAUCUCAGACUGGGGCGAAGGUUCACCUUCCAACAGGACAAAGAUCCUAAGCGCACAGCCAAGACAACGCAGGAAUGGCUUCGGGACAAGUCUAUGAAUGUCCUUGAUUGGCCCAGCCAGAGCCUGGACUUGAACCCGAUCAAACAUCUCUGGAGAGACCUUAAAUGGCUGUGCAGCGAUGCUCCCCAUCCAACCUGACAGAGCUUGAGAGGUUCUGCAGAGAAGAAUGGGAGAAACUUCCCAAAUACAGGUGUGCCAAGCUUGUAGCGUCAUACACAAGAAGAUUCGAGGCUGUAAUCGCUGCCCAAAGGUGCUUCAACAUACUUAUGUAAAUGUAAUUUUUCAGUUUUUUUGUUUUUAAUACAUUUGCAAUUUGUCAUUAUGGGGUAUUGUUUAGAUUGAUUAAAAAAAAAAAUUCAACAUCAAUUUUAGAAUAAGGCUGUAACGUAACAAAAUGUGGAAGAAGUCAAGGGGUCUGAACUUUCCGAAUGCACUGUAUAUACAAAAGUAUGUGAAUACCCCUUCAAAUUAGUGGAUUUGUCUAUUCGGCUGACAGAUGUAUAAAAUCGAGCACAGAGCCAUGCAAUCUCCAUAGACAAAACAUUGGCAGUAGAAUGGCCCGUACUGAAGAGCUCAGUGACUUUCAACGUGGCACCGUCAUAGGAUGCCACCUUUCCAACAAGUCAGUUCAUCAAGUUUCUGCCCUGCUAGAGCUGCCCCGGUCAACUGUAAGUGCUGUUAUUGUGAAGUGGAAACAUCUAGGAGCAACAACUGCUCAGCCGCGAAGUGGUAGGACACACAAGCUCACAGAACGGGACCGUCCUCGGUUGCAACACUCACUACUGAGUACCAAACUGCCUCUGGAAGCAACGUCAGCACAAGAACUGUUCAUCGGGAGCUUCAUGAAAUGGUUUCCAUGGCCAAGUAGCCGCACACAAGACUAAGAUCACCAUGCGCAAUGCCAAGCGUUGGCUGGAGUGGAGUAAAGCUUGCCGCCGUUGGACUCUGGAGCAGUGGAAACGUGUUCUCUGAAGUGAUGAAUCACGCUUCACCAUCUGGCUGUCCGACGGACGAAUCUGGGUUUGGCGGAUGCCAGGAGAACACUACCUGCCCCAAUGCAGAGUGCCAACUGUAAAGUUUGGUGGAGAAGGAAUAGUGGUUAGGGUCUGUUUUUCAUGGUUCAGGCUAUGGCCCUUAGUUCCAGUGAAGGGAAAUCUUAACUUGUGGUCCUCUGUAGCUCAGCUGGUAGAGCACGGCGCUUGUAACGCCAAGGUAUUGGGUUCGAUCCCCGGGACCACCCAUACACAAAAAAAAUUUAUGCACGCAUGACUGUAAGUCGCUUUCGAUAAAAGCGUCUGCUAAAUGGCUUAUUAUUAUUAUUAUUAUUAUUAUUAUUAUUAUUAUUAUUAUUAUUAUUAUUAACGCUACAGCAUAAAAUGACAUUCUAGAUGAUUCUGUGCUUCCAACUUUGUGGCAACAGUUUGGGGAAGGCCCUUUCCUGUUUCAGCAUGACAAUGCCCCUGUGCACAAAGCGAGAUCUAUACAGAAAUGGUUUGUCGAUCGGUGUGGAUGAACUUGACUGGCCUGCACAGAGCCCUGACCUCAACCCCAUCGAACACCUUUGGGAUGAAUUGGAACGCCAACUAUGAGCCAGGCCUAAUCGCCCAACAUCAGUUCCCGACCUCACUAAUGCUCUUGUGGCUGAAUGGAAGCAAGUCCCCGCAGCAACGUUCCAACAUCUAGUGGAAAGCCUUCCCAGAAGAGUGGAGGCCGUUACAGCAGCAAAGGGGGACCAACUCCAUUUAAAUGCCCAUGACUUUGCAAUGAGAUGCAGUUGUUCUCGAACCUCUCCUCGGGAACCCCCAGACGGUUUACAAUGCUGUUGUAGCCCUGAACUAGCUCACAUGAUUCACGUAGUCAAGGGCUUGAUGAUUAGUUGACUAGUUGAUUCAGUUGUGCCAGCUCUGGAAUAGAUCAAACACAUGGACGUUUUUAGAACCACUGCUGUACAGACUACAGAGUAGCUAUGCGAUUGAUAGGUUUGCCUCACAGUUCAGUUGUUGAUGACAUCACUGAGGAUAGGCCAUGUGGAUGGAAAUCCCAGCCUGUGAUUGGGUGAGGACCACAAGUCCUCUUGUGAGCAUGGAAACCCCAGCCUGUGAUUGGGUGAGGACCACCAUGUCCUCUAGUGAGCAUGGAAAUCCCAGCCUGUGAUUGGGUGAGGACCACCAUGUCCUCUAGUGAGCAUGGAAAUCCCAGCCUGUGAUUGGGUGAGGACCACCAUGUCCUCUAGUGAGCAUGGAAACCCCAGCCUGUGAUUGGAGCCUGAUGGGACCCCCAGCCAGCCAUGUUCUCCGGAGCCCGAUGAAACCCCCAGCCCUGCCAUGUUCUCCGGAGCCUGAUGAAACCCCCAGCCUGCCAUGUCUUCUGUAGACCAAGGAGCUGUUCAGUUAAUGAGGCCUCUUGGAGCCCCGUGCCCUGCCCUGUCAGGACACGGGAGAGAGUGGGAACCCCUGAGGAGUAGCCUAAACUGGGUGAACAGCCAGCUAGUCCCUGUGCCCCAUCAGAGCCUGUCAGCUCCAGCAGCCGCUUGUUAUUUAAUGGAGGGGGGGGGGGGCGCUAAAAUGUUUUUCUUGCAAGGUGGGGGGGUGCUAGGGCCUUUGUCGGUAUGGAUGUGGUUGCGCAGACCCACGAGCCACUGCGUGAGUUGCCCUCUCCUGAUCUUACAGGAACACAGUUAGCUAAUUAGGCUCCCUGGAAAACAGGAGGGUGCGGCUUAAAAUAACGUCAUUUGGCGAGACUAUUUAUUUCCGUGUCUGUCUGCUUCCGUAGAGAGAGAGAGAGAGCGAGCACAGGGGAAGUGAUGCGUUGUCUGUGGGGUCAAGGAAGUAGGCUUCAGGCAUUUGUAAGCAAUCCUUCAUUAACCAUGAGAGAAUUUGAAAUUGUGAAAAUAUUAACCUAUAAUAUCAUGUUGUUAGAUAAUGGACAGAGUAUAGACUAGUCCUCAAGUAGCCUACCACCCUUUCUACUUAACUGUCUCACUCACUCCAUCACUCUCUCUUUCUUCAGUCUAUCCUCCCUUUCUACUGUAAACUCAUUUAUUUGUUUCUUAAAGAAGCACUACUUUCCCUCGGUGGCUGGCAGCUGUAAAGUAUAUCUCUUUACCAUGGCUAAGCUGAUUGCUUUGUUUUUGCAGUGGAUGAAUGAGAGGCUCUGUUUCCUUGGUCGGCUGCCUGUUGUGAUGCAUUUGGCUCAUUCUGGCAAAUCCUUAUGUUGUGUAGUCGUCAGCUGGGCCUGUGAACAAGGCCAGCCUCUCAAGGUGAACAAUGUUGUAGGAGGUGAAUUAGCUGUCACUAACAUCCCAGGGCUUAGGGUUUAGGUACUGCUGGUCGUGAGUUCACCCUUCUAGUUCACAAUGCAUAGCGUCUCAUAUUGACCAGAGAAAAGCAAGGCAGGAGUCUGUUAGGGACAGGCAUUGUAGUGGCCGGGCCAUGUGAAUUGAUUGUGAAGCAAAGCGUAGGUGGGUUCUUUGUCUUCAAGAGGUGAUGCUCUACCAAAGAUGGUGGAUACAUUUUAAGAUGUCUUACUCAGGCCGUUUACCAUAGAAAUUUUUUUUUGCCACAGUUCCGGUCUUCUUAAGGGGAGGCUCUCCCAUAGGCACCAACGCGAUAGCAGCUGGGUCUGAUCUACUUAGUUAAUUGGCUGUAUAUGAACCAGGAAAAAAAGGAGGCAGUGAGUUGUCUCGCUCCCUCUUCCGUCUCUGGCUCUACUACUGUAGGGUCUUUGGCAACCGUAUUCUCCACCUUUCUCCUGAAGUGUGUGCACUUUCAGACUCCCUGCCGUGCAUUCAACAAUAGUGGAAACUCAAAUCAAAAAUGUUCAGGAGUCUUCAAGCCAAUGCUUACACCAGUCCUAUACUUUUAAAUCCAUGACAGGGAGUGUGUGGGUGAAGGCUAGAGAAUCGGGACGCAACCCAUCUCCUGAACCACAGCCCAACGUUGUCCUUUUUCCGAGGAGGAUGUUUGGAGUGACGCAGUGAAGCCCAUACAUGGAACCCACAGCCCGUGGGGUUAGCUAGCUACUGUCACAGAGAACUUUGUCUUGUCUACUCUCCUGCUUUUAAAGGUCAUAUUGGUUGGUUGUCAAAAAGUCAGCCACGUACAGAGACAAAGGGCAACAGUAUAUUUAGCUACUUAAACCAUGGUUUUAUCUGAAAGAAAUCAGCUAAACUGUCAUGCUCAUUCUGUCUGUGAACUACAGUUUCAUCCUCGCUGCAUGUUACGGUGUUUGGGUUUAAAGGUAGACUAAGCGACACAAAGUAAACAUUAGCAGUAUCAGGUCAACUUCCGCAACAACAGAGAGCAUGUAGCUAUUGUUGUUCUCAGUCUCAUACUGUAUCGUUCUUGUUCAUUUUCAAGGCUAACAACUACUGCAGAGCUGAUAAGAGCCCUGCUAUGAUCCAUCUUCUCAACAACACUGAAGUACCUGAGUAACUUUUCUUUUCUGUUUCAGACGAUCAAAGGGGAUGAACUGUCUAGCCGUAUCCAGCGGAUGCUGGGUAGUUAUGAAGACGUGAACAACCCCAACACUCACCAGUGUUUGGACAGCAGCUUCUCUAAGGAUCCUCAAUCUCACGUCACCACAAAGUAUGGGAGGCCAUCUCACAGCCGAGACCGAGCGAAGCCUCCAUUCCAGAACCCUCCACAGUACGGGGCAAGCCAGAGCGGUGGCCACUCUGGCCAGCCUCUGAAGAAGCUCCAGGGUCCUUCCUCCUCCUACACCCAGUCCUCCCUGGGUCUCAGCCAGGGCCAGGCCAGCCCAGACCCACACCAGAGAAAGACUGAGCCCUGGUCAGACCUGAGGGAGUGUGCCAGUCUUCCUCCGGUCCUCUCCGCCCUGUCCCCCCCAGCCGAGCCCCUAUCCCCCCUACAUUCCAGUGACCCCAGCGACUCUGAGCCCCAGGACUCCCCCCUGCACCCUGAGAGGCACCCGGCCUCUCCCCUACACCCCGACUACCCCAUCCCCAUGGUGGUGUCCCCCCUGGAUGACCCCCAGAGAGACAUCCCACCUCCGGCCAUCGAGGGGACAACCCUGCCCUCUCAGACCUUCCCUCCACCACUUGCCUCCAAGCCCAACCUGGUCAUGCCCCAGAAGCCCACAGCCUACGUCCGGCCCAUGGACGGCCAGGACCAGGUGACCAGCGAGUCUCCGGACCUCAAGCCCUCUCCAGAAGACUUCCAUGGACAGUCUUAUCUUGAACCCUUACCAGACUUGAAAAGCACCAAGCCCAGCCUUUCCAAACUGAAGAUACCAUCACAGUCUAUAGAGGUAAGCAGAAUCCUGUUUGUGUGUGGUUCCUUUUUUUUUUUUACUAGCCUUUAUAGCGUGCUGUGUGAGAAAUAUCAGUUAAUGCCAGACAUACUGAACACACAAGCCAGGGAGAUUUGGGUUUGAACAGCCAAGAACUGGACUUUAGAUUGAACUGGACUUUAGAUUAGAACUGGACGGUGGACUUUAGAUAGAGGCAAUAGUUGAUCAGCAAAGAAAAAUCAAGAAAAAGAUUGCGUAAAAAACAAACAAACCUUGAACAUAUCCUGAAAUAGAACAUGUAUCAGAUGGGCCUGUUUCUUAGUUGGUUAAUAUUGAACUUUUGGGUGCCUCGACUCGCUCUGGAAGGUAGCACUUGAAAAUUGGACAAAGUUUAGUCAGCUUAAAACUACAGAGGGAUGCCAAUUUUGGAGAGACUGCAUUCAGGCCCAGUUUCCAUGUAGCUUGUUGACACACCCUGUGAGGCCAGGUCAGUGGAGGUCAUGCAGAACGAACAGGCAGAUAGAUUUGCAUGAUCUAGUCCAGUCCUAUUCUCUCUCUGGGGGAAUAUUUCCAUAAUUGGCUUUGAUGAGACUUGGGUUGCAUCCCAAAUUGCACCCUAUUCCCUGCAUAGUGCACUACUUUUGACCAGGGGCUCUGAUUUUAAAAGCAGUGCACUAUAAAGGGCAUAGGGUGCUAUUUGGGAUGCAGACUUUGCGACGGGACCUCGUCCUGCCUGUCUGCCUGUGGGAGGAACAGACGACGGACACCAACAGGAAAAUAAUCUGUCCUAUAGCUUUAGUUUAUGCACACCUGUAUCCUGUAAUGAUGGUCAUUACAAUAGUCUCCUGUGAUGAUGACAGGUGACAAUUUGUCUAAAUGAGUGAACGCUUACAUAAUUAGCCUAAUCGUUAGGGAUGUGCAUCUUUCCCUUUCAUGACGAUUUCAUGCUUAUCUUGAUAGCGGCUAAGAGCGUUGGGACAGUAACCGAAAGGUCACUGGUUCGAAUCCCCGAGCCGACUAGGUGAAAAAGAUACGUCUGUUGAUGUGCCCUUGAGCAAUUGCUCCUGUAUGUCUCUCUGGAUCUCUGGAUACCUUCAGAUAGUAUCCAUAUUCCAUGUUGUUACAGCCUGAAUGGGUGAAUUAUUAUUUUUCUUUUUUUUCUCCCAAAAAAUCUCAACCCAUAAUGACAGUGAAAACAUGUUUUUAGAAAUGUUUGCACAUUUUAUUGAAAACUCAGUAUUCCCCUGAGUUAGAAUCACAAUACCCCAUAAUGACAGUGAAAACACGUUUUUAGAAAUGUUUGCACAUUUAUUGAAAAUGAAAUAUCUAAUUUACGUAAGUAUUCCCCUGAGGUAGAAUCACAAUACCCCAUAAUGACAGUGAAAACCAUGUUUUUAGAAAUGUUUGCACAUUUAUUGAAAAUGAAAUAUCUAAUUUACGUAAGUAUUCCUCUGAGGUAGAAUCACAAUACCCCAAGGCUCUGAUACGACGCAGGAAAGAUAUGUUUUAGUUUGAAGUGUUUUGAUUGGAGAACGAGUCGAUGUGAAUCGCUUGCAUAAAACUUCAUUUCCCAUUCUAAAUAAAAAUCUGCUGCUCAUGAGCUGGGUCUCUGAGCUGGAUAUGUUUGGGUGGGUGAAUGUAAUGUAUGUCUAUGGUGUAUACUAUGUAGGCAGUUGAUCUGAGCCAUAAUGGAGACUAGACGUCUACCUCCCCACUACCACUAUCAGAUUAGAGCCAUAAUGGAGACUAGGCGUCUACCUCCCCAUUAUCAGAUUAGAGCCAAAAUGGAGACUAGGCGUCUACCUCCCCACUAUCAGAUUAGAGCCAUAAUGGAGACUAGGCAUCUACCUCCCUACUACCACUAUCAGAUUAGAGCCAUAAUGGAGACUAGGCGUCUACCUCCCUACUACCACUAUCAGAUUAGAGCCAUAAUGGAGACUAGGCGUCUACCUCCCCACUAUCAGAUUAGAGCCAUAAUGGAGACUAGGCGUCUACCUCCCUACUACCACUAUCAGAUUAGAGCCAUAAUGGAGACUAGACGUCUACCUCCCCACUACCACUAUCAGAUUAGAGCCAUAAUGGAGACUAGACGUCUACCUCCCCACUAUCAGAUUAGAGCCAUAAUGGAGACUAGGCGUCUACCCCUACUACCACUAUCAGAUUAGAGCCAUAAUGGAGACUAGGCGUCUACCUCCCCACUACCACUAUCAGAUUAGAGCCAUAAUGGAGACUAGGCGUCUACCUCCCCCCUAUCAGAUUAGAGCCAUAAUGGAGACUAGACGUCUACCUCCCCACUACCACUAUCACAUUAGAGCCAUAAUGGAGACUAGGCGUCUACCUCCCCACUACCACUAUCAGAUUAGAGCCAUAAUGGAGACUAGGCGUCUACCUCCCUACUACCACUAUCAGAUAGAGCCAUAAUGGAGACUAGGCGUCUACCUCCCCACUAUCAGAUUAGAGCCAUAAUGGAGACUAGGCGUCUACCUCCCCACUAUCAGAUUAGAGCCAAAAUGGAGACUAGGCGUCUACCUCCCCACUACCACUAUCAGAUUAGAGCCAUAAUGGAGACUAGGCGUCUACCUCCCCACUACUACUAUCAGAUUAGAGCCAAAAUGGAGACUAGGCGUCUACCUCCCCACUACCACUAUCAGAUUAGAGCCAUAAUGGAGACUAGGCGUCUACCUCCCCACUACCACUAUCAGAUUAGAGCCAAAAUGGAGACUAGACGUCUACCCCUACUACCACUAUCAGAUUAGAGCCAUAAAGGAGACUAUGCGUCUACCCCUACUACCACUAUCAGAUUAGAGCCAUAAUGGAGACUAGGCGUCUACCUCCCCACUAUCAGAUUAGAGCCAUAAUGGAGACUAGGCGUCUACCUCCCCACUACCACUAUCAGAUUAGAGCCAUAAUGGAGACUAGGCGUCUACCUCCCUACUACCACUAUCAGAUUAGAGCCAUAAUGGAGACUAGGCGUCUACCUCCCCACUAUCAGAUUAGAGCCAAAAUGGAGACUAGGCGUCUACCUCCCCACUACUACUAUCAGAUUAGAGCCAAAAUGGAGACUAGGCGUCUACCUCCCCACUACUACUAUCAGAUUAGAGCCAAAAUGGAGACUAGGCGUCUACCUCCCCACUACCACUAUCAGAUUAGAGCCAAAAUGGAGACUAGACGUCUACCCCUACUACCACUAUCAGAUUAGAGCCAUAAAGGAGACUAUGCGUCUACCCCUACUACCACUAUCAGAUUAGAGCCAUAAAGGAGACUAUGCGUCUACCCCUACUACCACUAUCAGAUUAGAGCCAUAAUGGAGACUAGGCGUCUACCCCUACUACCACUAUCAGAUUAGAGCCAUAAAGGAGACUAUGCGUCUACCCCUACUACCACUAUCAGAUUAGAGCCAUAAUGGAGACUAGGCGUCUACCCCUACUACCACUAUCAGAUUAGGGGAGAGCAAUGUAGCCUAUGUUGUUUUUUUUGUCCCCCCCACUUUGGUUCUGAAAUCGCCAUCAUCCACUAAUUCACUUGUCAUUUUUGCAAAUUAGGUGUUUGAGCUAGUAAUGUAUCAACACUUAUCAAUUACAAAUGAUCUUUGACAUAGCCAGUGAAUAUAACAAUGGAAUGGUUUUGACCGUUUUAUGAUCCCCUCUCUCUUCUCUCUUUGGCCAUGCAGUGCGCUUCGCAAAAGUGAUUCCUUGUUAUGAAAUUAUCAACUUUACACUGUAUAUCUAAAAAUGACCAUAAUACACUUAACUACCAAAACUACUACCAAAACUAUUGCUGACUGAUGGUGAACCUGAACAAUCAAAAUGAAAUCUAUUGUAAUCCCCAUUCAGCAUGUAAAGGCCAGAUGCGUUGUGUCUCCGGUAGCUUACUUUUAUUCCAGUAAAACACCAUUUUCAACAGCGGAUAGAUGACAAUAACCAAGCAAAUUACACAGGUUGUCACUUAAUUAAGGAGAGGACGCAUCAGUUGUCACAAACGAUGAGAGGUAUUUUUGGAGGGUAGAAAUAAUGUAAUAUGAGCAAAAUAUUUUUGUGAACGCCGAUUUUAUGACGUUUUAAUCAAUUUUCAGACCAAUGCAUGCUACAUUUGGAUCGGUUUGGGGUCUGCGGACCGAUGCACUUGUAUCAUAAACAUUUGAAUUGGAGGCCGAUGCAUAUCCGUGAAUCGUUACAUCCCUACUAAUCAUUUGUGAUUUUCUUAUGCCUUCAGUGACUUGAGUCAACUUGACUAAUCGGGUACUGUAUGUUUUUGUAGGCCUAACCAAAAGAUUGCACUUUGCAAUGAAUUAAUUCCCCGCACUAAUCACCUCACGGCCCUCAUCAUACUUGCAGAUCGGAAUAUAAUAUUGCCCUUUUAAAAUGUCUCUGAAAGUCUCAAAGCCAACUAGAGAAUUCUCCCUCACGUUGUUUUCACAGGGUUUUUUUCUGGAUCCAAAAUGGGGCUUAGGUGGUGGGCAUGGCGAGGGUGUGACCAACGGCGCGGUCUCCGAUCUAAUAUUUUAGUGCCCCUCUCGGCCGCAGAGACAACGUUUUACUGUUUUAAAGCGGUUCUACACAUUUUGCCAUGGUGCGGAGAGAAAUCUUUAAACCUAGUUUCCUGCAAUUCUACAUAUUUUGAAUGCCAUAUUCGUAUUCUAUCUGAGUGACUCAAACAUUACAACAAAAUCAAUCAGGGCCUCAAACCAUGACAUUUUUGGAAUCUUAAAAAAAAAAAAAAAUGUAUGUUGCCCGCCCAAUACUUUUCUAUGCAGAAAAAACCCUGGACUAAGAAGAGCUGAGCUUGUUGACGAUACUGUUUUUUGAGCCAAGAUUAUUCUUCAACUUUCUCUCCACUCCACCCAGAGAGGACAACUUCUGAGAGCAGAGCAGCACACUUCAUAGUUUUAUGAAUCCUGCCUUUCCAAGGCUGUCCACAAUCCAGAUAUAUUAAACGCCUCUCUUUAUGAGGAAUGUGGCCAAUCCCCUGCCCUCCCCACAGCCCAGGCUGCACCUGCAGCAGCUCUGCUCAUUUUUGGGGCCCCUUCCUGUCCUGGCCCCUCCCUGGCCCCUGCCUGCCCUGGCACAUGUGGACACUAACCCAGCAGUGCUGAUUUGGCAGGCUGGCGUUUUCACCCAUUGCGGGCCCUAA